AAGAGAAAGGGGGAAAUGGAGGAGGAAGAGGCAGUGAUGGAGGAGAAGGAUGAGGAAAUGUGCGAAGGCGAGAAGAAAACCCUAAUUGAGGAGGUGGCGGAGAAGCUCAUUGAUGGCGGUGACGAUCUCGAUGCCAAGAUUCAAGCCGCCAGAGCCGUCAGGAAGCUCGUCCGGAAGUCCUUCUCCUCCGCCAAGACCCGUUCCAAGUUCGCCGCCGCCGGAGUGAUUCAGCCUCUGGUUUCGAUGCUCGCCUAUGCCAGCCUUGCUGCCCGCGAGGCCUCCCUCCUUGCUCUCCUCAAUCUCGCCGCUAGGAACGAAAGAAACAAGAUCAAGAUAGUGACAUCUGGUGCCAUCCCCCAUCUUGUUGAGCUACUAAAAUCCCAAGACAGCAGUUUAAGAGACUUGGCAACUGCUGCAACUUUAACACUUUCAGCUGCUGAACCUAACAAGCCAACAAUCGCAGCUUCUGGAGCUGUGCCUCUUCUCGUUCAGAUCCUCAGUUCAGGAAGUACUCAAGGAAGAGUUGAUGCUGUCACCGCUCUCCACAAUCUGUCUGUAGGUUCAGAUAGCCCAACUGUCAACCUUGAUGCAAAAGCAGUCUCUCCUCUCAUCAACCUCCUUAAAGAAUGCAAGAAAUAUUCCAAGUUUGCUGAGAAGACUACUGCCCUACUUGAAAUACUUUCCAAAACCGAGGAGGGAAGGUUAGCUAUAUCAAGUACAGGAGGAGGGAUUUUAACUCUUGUAGAGACGGUUGAAGAUGGAUCUCUUGUGAGCACUGAGCAUGCUGUUGGGGCUUUACUCACUUUAUGUCAAAGCUGCAGAAGUAAGUAUCGAGAACUCAUACUUAAAGAAGGUGCAAUACCAGGUCUUUUACGACUAACUGCAGAGGGUACACCCGAAGGUCAGGAGAGAGCUCGGACACUCUUAGACUUGCUUAGAGAUUCUCCUCCUGAAAAGAGAUUGGCUCCUUCUGUAAUGCAAAGAAUUGUGUAUGACAUCGCCGUGCGGGUAGAUGGAUCAGAUAAAGCUGCUGAAACUGCUAAGAGGUUACUGCAAGACAUGGUUCACAGAAGUAUGGAGCUUAGCAUGAGCCGAAUCCAGCUGAGGGCUGCAUCCUGCACACCUUCAGAUUUUCCAUCUAAAUGAGGAAUCCUUAUUUUGAAGAAUUACAGCUAAGUAAGAAGCCGGCUUAAAUAUAUGCCGAAAGCUGGGCACUUUGAGCUGAACUUACAUUCUGUUUUGUCGGGUGAAGACUCUUGCUCUCGUGGCCAUCUUGAUCAUAAUCUACACCGCGGCUAAGGAUGCGUAGAGUCGAUACUGAAAGGUAGAUCUUAGUGGCUGGUAGAUCCUUGCUCUUGAGGUGAUUUUCUUGACCUCGUUGGGCACUGUAAAUCUUGCUGUGAACUUGUAAAAAUUGUGGUACUUUCACAUGUACAAUUUAGUCUCUAAUUCUAGGAGGUGCAGCACAACUAAUCAAGUUUGUGAUGAUGGCUAGUAAGAUUGUUAAAAGCUUAGUCUCAACACCUUUAUUUGGCCUUUUAUUUUGUCAAAUCCAUAUCAAACUCGGAAAUUUGUUCGAGA